AAACAAAACCAGCAAUAUCAAGACAGUCAAGUGGACACAUGAAGUUAAUAAACAUUGUUGUCUCCUGGCUCCUUUGGGCACAAUUGAGUUUGUGUUUUUCCCAGGAAUCGAUCCAUUUGACAGAAUUAUCACACGCCAGUGACGAUUUCAUUAUAGAAGUAACGGAUGGUGACUUGUCAUUAAUCGACGGACCCAGAGAUUACUUCACUGUGCUUAUAUUUACAUCUACCGAUAUUGCCCAUGGAUGCCAACCAUGUGAGGAGGCACGCGAUAUAAUUUCCCGCGUCUCUAAAUCGUGGUUCGCCGAUUAUGCCGAGUCGAAUUAUUUGGCGUUUAUUAACAUUGAUUUGAUUAACAAGCCAAAUAUGAAUAUUUUCCAAGUGUUGGGGCUCCAAACCAUCCCCCACAUUUGGUUGAUCCCACCUAACCACUCGGUGGAAUAUGGUAACCCAUAUAAGAUACUCCAAGAAGGGCAUUUUGAUUUUAGAGUGCCCAAGGCUAAUAAAGAUGAGCAAAUCUUAGCAUUUGCGCAAUUUUUAUCAGAAAACACCCAGAGAAGCAUUUUAGUUAGAACAGAAGAGCCAAUUGCAAAGUUCCUCAAGACUUUCUUGUUGACUUUGUCGUUUAUACUUUUAAUUAAGAAGAAAGGACCAAGUAUAAUCACCAGCACCAGGAAGAAAACAGUGACUGCCUGGUUUUUCAUUGGAUUACUCUUGUUUUGCAUUGGUGGAUAUCAAUUCACCAUUCAGCAAGGUGUCCCAUUCAUUGCGAGAAAUGAUAAGGGUGGGAUCAUUUUUGUUAGUGGAGGAAUGCUGUACCAAUUUGGUAUUGAAGUGUUUGUCUCUGGUGCAAAUUACGCCGCAUUGGCAAUCAGUUUAGUUUCCUUGGUUUACAUUGGUCAAUACAAAGUGACUGAUACUAGUGUCAUUAAGAACGACUAUGUCAAAACUGCAUUGAUCUUAGUUAACACCGGUGUACAAUAUUUACUUGUUAGCUGUUUAACUAGUUUGAUUCUUAGGAAGGAUAGUAAUUACCCCUAUCCAUUCACUAAAUUGUUUUAGUAUAAUACAUGCAUAUUACUUAGACGC